CAUCUAUCUAUCUAUCUAUCUAUCUAUUUAAGUUAAUCCGUUUCAUCUCUUUGUUUCUCGAUCGGACUGUUUCCGAGGGAGCAUGAGCAUGAGUAUGAGCAGGGGCCAUUGGAGGCCAGAGGAGGACGAGAAGCUCAAGGACCUGGUCACUAGGUUUGGCCCUCACAACUGGAACACCAUCGCAGAAAACAUUCAAGGAAGAACAGGCAAGAGCUGUAGGUUGAGAUGGUUCAAUCAGUUGGAUCCGAGGAUCAACCGCAGCCCGUUCUCCGAGGAGGAGGAAGCGCGGCUACUGGCCUUGCACCGACUUCACGGCAACAGGUGGUCGGCCAUCGCCAGGCUCUUCCCCGGCCGCACCGACAACGCCAUCAAGAACCACUGGCAUGUCAUCACGGCGCGGCGAAAGAAGCCUCUUGGCUCCACAAUCACCACAAGAAAAGCACUGGAUUUUGAUAACCCAACCACAUAUGAUACAGAGAAUUCAGUGGAGUUUUAUGAUUUCCUUAGUGUAAAAAGCAGCACUGAAGAGUCUGAGGAAGCGACGACCAAGUGCAGCUCAAGUGUAGACCAGGAAGAGGAGGAAGAUGAACAGUGGAGGAAACAUGGUGGACUUCCCUUCAUUGACUUCUUGCGAGUUAGAAGUUCUUCAUGUGCUCUCAACUUUAGAAACUAAAUACUUGUAAUUAGGUUUGCAUAUAUACCUGUCUAUAUUGAGAUCAAUACCUCCAGUUAAUCAGUUUCAAGAAACAGUAGCGUUUGCCAGUCAUUUAAUUUAUAUCUAA